UGGAAGAACAAUGUACAUACGAUGUUUUUUCAAUGAAAAGGGAAUUAAACGAAUAAUAAAAAUAAUUUAAUUACUUUUGUGAAAAUGUGAGAUUAUACAACAUUAACUCUGUGCUCUGAUUCUAGAUGCAAUUCAAUUUAAUGUACAUAAGUGUUAAGAAGCAAUGUAUCAACAUCAGUGAAUACAAUUAUGAGGAAUAAUUGCAGAAAUUUAUGUGGCAAUAUAAUUUUAAUGGCUAUUGUCUUCUUUUCAGUAUUAAUUGACGCCAAAAAUGUUCAAAAAUCGCCAAACUUUACGGAAUCAUACGAAAAUGUGGAACAACGAGAUAACAGACCAAACGGACAAGACUUGACACUAAAGAAUAUUGAAAAUUCUACAGACACCCCUACUUACUCUACAGAUUUCGGAAGUUCUUUAUCAUUGGAUUCAACUUCCAACUAUGAUCGACGAACAACUCUUUAUAAUUAUAUAGUUCCAACAUUGUCUACUAGUUUCAUGCGACAUCGAUUAGGGCACAAACAGUAUCAAUCAAAACAUUAUCAUGACCAAUUCGGUCCAUUUUUUGAAGAUCCACUCAACACGACUGGUACAUUACAAAUAGGAUUUCAUGAAGGAACUGAAUCAAUUUUAAACUGUAGAGUAGGAAUGUUGAAAGAUAAGACAGUUAUGUGGGUACGAAGAACAUUUGACAAAGUUUCACUUUUAACUGUGGGAAAUAUUACUUAUUCUGGAGAUCCGCGUAUAAAAGUUAUGUUUAUCUAUCCAAACAACUGGAGAUUAUCGAUAAAUCCAAUUACUGCAAUAGACGAAGGGCUAUACCUGUGUCAGGUUUCGACUCAUCCGCCUCGCGUAAUAGCAACUAAUCUUACAGUAUUAGCCCGAGCAAUACGGUUGAUAGAUGAAAUGGGCCAUGAAAUUAGUGAUAGAUAUUAUAAAUUAGGUAGUUCCUUAGAUAUGACAUGUCAAGUAGCUCUAUCAUUUCUCAAUACAUUAUCGUCACCAACAAAAUAUUCACAUAAUAGAAUAACAACAACAGUACUUCCAUUUAUCAAUACAAAUCAAAUAAAGAAGAAGAUAGAGAGCGAAAAUCUAAACAUUAACUGGAAAAAGGAUGGAAAAGAAUUGCCAAAAAAUAUAAAAAUAAGUUUAAGUACGACACAUAUUUGGAAAAAUAGCCGUAUAACUAUUAUACAUGCUGAAAAAAUGCAUAGUGGCACAUAUACUUGUUAUAUUAAUAAUUCUACAUAUACAAGCGUUAAUAUUCAAAUUUUAAUGGGAGAAACGCCACAGGCUGUUCAGCAUAAUCACUCUAUGAUGUACACAUGUAGUUUUUUCAUCUUCCUUUUGGAAGUUUUGCUAAUUUUUGUUGAGAGACUUUAAGUUUACACGAAUUAUUUUUAAAAAAUAUCCAUAGAACUAAUCUCGUAUACUAAUUUUCCCACCAAUUUAAUAAGUUGGUCUGACCAUGAGAAAAAAAUAUAUAUAUCUAGAAUAAUGCAAAUUGAGAUAAACUUAUAAUUUUUUAUACGUUAUGAACAUGAUAUACUUUUAAAACCUUACGAUUAAACUUCAAUUUAAC